AUUGGUCUCUGAAUUUCGGAAGUUUAGGAGCUCCACUGGCUGCUAGGCUGCUAGCCCAUUUUUAGGGCUUGGUGUACUUCCGUAACGUUUGCGCGAGGCAGGUAAAAGGGCGCGCAUGGGGAAUAGGCGGCAGCUCUGAGGAGACCUUUGAAACCGGAAAGAAUCGGACUAAAACCAAGCCAGUAGCCGGUAAGUUCGGGAAAUGUCCUGGUUGCCCCUGGGCGCCAGGGUAUAUAGAGUGAACUGAGUUGCUUGUCACACUAUCCCUAGCCACCAGACGAACUUUCGGCUUUUUUUCCUGCAACGGUGACGACAUCGGCAACAGAAUCUACAUGUGGCCAAACGAUGCGGAGGUGAUUUCGGAGGACCUCGGUCUAGCAAAAUCGCUUGUGAUUGGCACAAUGGAAGAAUCUAGAAUUUGCAGACCAGGUGUAAAAGCAGAUAUGUUGUGUAACUCUCAGUCAAAUGAUAUUCUUCAACAUCAUGACUCAAAUUGUGGUGGCACAGGUAACAAACAUUCACUGGAAGAGGAUGAAGGCAGUGACUUUAUAACAAAAAACAGGAAUUUGGUGAGCCGAGCAUACUGCAUGCAAGAGUCAAGAGAGAAACCUCCUGGGCCUAAAUCUGGAAUAGAGCCUUCUGAUAGUCAGCAAGGUUCAGAGUGCAACAGGAACAAAGAAAGAACUUUAGGAAAAGAAGUAUUAUUAUUGAUGCAAGCCUUAAAUACUCUCUCAACUCCAGAGGAGAAGCUGGCAGCUCUCUGUAAGAAAUAUGCUGAUCUUCUGGAGGAGAGUUGGAAUGUUCAGAAACAAAUGAAGGUUUUACAGAAGAAGCAAUCCCAGAUCGUGAAAGAGAAAGUUCACUUGCAGAGUGAACAUAACAAGGCUGUCUUGGCAAGAAGCAAGCUAGAGUCUCUCUGCAGGGAACUUCAGCGUUACAACAAGACAUUAAAGGAAGAAAAUAUGCAGCAAGCAAGAGAAGAAGAAGAAAGUCGUAAAAAAGCAACGUCACAUUUCCAGUUUACUUUAAACGAAAUUCAGACACAGCUGGAACAACAUGACAUACACAACACCAAACUUCGUCAGGAAAACAUUGAACUGGGAGAGAAGUUGAAGAGGCUCAUUGAACAAUACACACUGAGAGAGGAGCGUAUUGAUAAAGUGUUCAAACGUAAGGAACUGCAACAACAGCUUGUGGAUGCCAAGCUUCAGCAAACAACACAACUCAUAAAGGAAGCUGAUGAAAAACAUCAGAGAGAGAGAGAGUUUUUAUUAAAAGAAGCAACUGAAUCGAGGUACAAAUAUGAAGAAAUGAAACAUCAAGAAGUACAAUUAAAACAGCAGCUUUCUCUUUAUAUGGAUAAGUUUGAAGAAUUCCAGACUACCAUGGCAAAAAGCAAUGAGCUGUUUACAACCUUCAGGCAGGAAAUGGAAAAGAUGACAAAGAAAAUUAAGAAACUGGAAAAAGAAAUGAUAAUAUGGCGUACCAAAUGGGAAAGUAAUAAUAAAGUACUUCUGCAAAUGGCUGAAGAGAAAACUAUUCGUGAUAAAGAGUACAAGUCCUCUCAAAUGAAACUGGGACGGUUAGAGAAGCUGUUUAGAGCUCUUCAAAUGGAAAGAAAUGAGCUCAAUGAGAAGGUGGAAGUCCUGAAAGAGCAAGUCUCUGUAAAAGAAGCAGAUGUAGAUUUAGCAACAGCUGUGAUAAAGCCCUGUACUACUGUUGCUUUUCAGAAAGAGUUGAACACUUCCUCUAAAAGAGCUCCAGGAAUCUACUUGCAGGAUGAAACCAAGGCAGCAAAUAAAACAAAACGUAGUUCAAAAGACCCAUCCCACAUGAUCUCUUCUGGACAUUGAUUCAGUUAAUGAGAUUACUGAAUUCAGUUAAGACUGAUUACUGUAUUGAGAGAUAUAUUUUCUAUAUAACUUUUCUGAAGCAGCGAGUAUUGAUUUUCAGAUUAAAGUUUUAUUACAUUUUCUACCACUUCUGUAUUUUCUUGGAACUUCUGAACUAUACAAUACAUGAGGCUGCCUAGCAGUUUUGCAUUGUUUAAUGUAUACAUUUCCAGAGCUGUAUUGCAUAGCUGCCUUAUUUUCCCUUUAUUGGAAUAUGUGUUCAUUAUUCUUUUAAUGUA